AUGUCCGCCACAGUGGCAUCGAAGCGCUUACUACAAGAAUACAAGCAGCUCUUGACCUCCCCACCAGAUGGCAUCACCGCGGGGCCUAUCGACGAAGAUGAUCUCUUCAAUUGGGAAGCACUGAUACAGGGGCCCGAAGGAACACCUUUCGAGGGUGGUAUCUUCCCAGCGAAACUCGCGUUUCCCAAGGACUAUCCAUGGAACCCACCAAAGAUGAAGUUUCUUGGUGAGAUAUGGCAUCCGAACGUCUACACGAAUGGAGAGGUCUGCAUUUCCAUCCUCCACCCGCCCGGUGCCGACCCGAACAAUUACGAGAGCGCCGACGAAAGGUGGUCACCGACCCAGAGCGUGCUCAGCAUAUUAUUGUCAGUCAUGUCCAUGCUUGCUGAGCCAAAUGACGAGAGCCCGGCCAACGUCGAUGCCGCAAAGCAAUGGCGCGAGAGACGACCGGAAUUUGAGAAGAGUGUGAGAGAAAGCGUCAGGCGAUCUCUUGGUCUAUGA